AACGCAGUCGCCGAUCAGGCUUCCUUCCUCUUUCUCUCCGGUAUUUCCCCCUUUUCUAUUUCAUCCUUCCUCUCCCGAUCUGCUUUUCUGCGAGGAAGAGGGUGAUGAGGGAUUUCAAGAGGUUGAAGCAACAUCCACCUGCGGGGAACAGUGGAGAUUAUCUGCUUCUCUCACUCAGUGGUUAUUGAUAAAUUAACUGAGCCUUGAACUAGAAACCCAAGUUCUUGUAUCAGUGCUUUCAGCUGCAGCAACUCGCGAUCAUCAACGUUCCAUUGACCAGGUAUGGAUGGAGCAUUGCCUAAUACAAAGAAGUGGAUUGUGAUUUAUCCCAUCUACAUAAAUUCAAAGAAAACUAUAGCUGAAGGACGGCGAAUUAGCACUACUAAAGCAUGUGAAAAUCCCACUUGUGUUGAGAUCGGUGAUUGCUGCAACUAUCUUAAGCUACCGUCUGUAAUCGAGAUUGAUAAGGCAUAUCCACGCGAUUUCAUGCAAAGAGGGAGAGUGAGGGUAUUGCUGAAAAAAGAAGAUGGUACUUUGUUUAAUCCGGCUAUAGCUUCGCGGAAACAAUUGAUGCUCCAGGUUGCAGAGAUGGUCCCCAGACACCACGGGAGGACAAAGAAACAGGAACCUGCACCAACUUCUUCAACUGCAGGACCCUCCAAAUCUGGAAAAGGUGGAAAGAAAAAGAAAUAAUUCGGCUUUUGCAAGAGCAAAAAAUUCGCCAUACCCUCAGUUUUUCUUCUUUUUUUGAUGACCCUUGUCAACAAAGGGGCUCACUUAUAUCUGGCUUUGAAUUUCUCAAUUUAAUUGAUGUUUUGUACUCUUUUCAAAGGAGCACUUUCUCUUGUUAAGCUAUUCAUACUAGCUCAUAGGAUGGUUUUAUUGCAGUUGGAAUGUUAUAUGGAUGGCUUACAUGGAAUUUAGGUAUAACUUCCCUAAAAAGCCACUUAAAUAUCUCA